UGCUUCUCUGUUUCAAUUGCAGUUCCAACAAUUACGAGGCUGAGAACACGAAUCUCAAAUUCAUCCUCGCAUGCCAACUCCCACUUCAAUAUGGUGCCCAACCCGGCGCCCCCGCCGUCUGCGACGAUAACAGAGCCCCUUCCACCUUUAACGCGAAGUACGACACUCCCUCUGUACUCCUACAGACCGAUCACGACCGAUCGUACCCUUCUCGCACCUGAAGAUGCCAUCUAUCAAGGUUCACCACCGCGCAAGCAAUCUCCGGCCGUCGCGAAGGCGGCAAGGGAUCUGCAUAUGACCAAUGGGCCAAACGGGACUGCACGAGUAUCUGGAAGAACGCGACAUAAGGAUAGACCGCGUAGUGGGAGCCGGAGGAGGAAAGGGACGUGGAAGAAGCUGUUAUGGGUGAACCAAUCUUACCCGGAUAAUUAUACCGAUCAAGAAACCUUCCUCGAACAUCUCCAACGAAAUCCCCGUCUCCAACCCUACGACUUCUGGCCUCUUGUCGCCGACUCCACAAUCAUAGUCCAACACGUCUGCUCCGUCAUAAUCUUCGUCGUCUGCUUCGUCGGCAUCUUCCAAGAACGCGUCUCCCCCGUCGCAAUUGUAGGCUGGGGCAGCAUUGCCACAUUUCUAGGCUGGUUUUUAUGGGACUGGUGGGUCGGACAAGAAGAAUCCACAAAGCCCAGCACAACCCCAGUCUCCACCUCCACGCCCCUCGACGCCUCAGCCUCGAGCUCUGUCUCAAACCUCCUCAAUUCCAACGGAAAUGGACAUGCCAAUGGCCUCUCAUCAAAGCAUUCCCACUCUGCAUCCGUCUCUUCCCUCUAUUCAAGCACCUCAAACGGACACUCCACAAAUGGGCACUCCAAGCCCCCAACCCCGCCGCCCAAUCACCCCAAUCACCCGUCUCCCAACUCCUCCCUUUUAUCCCACCGCACCUCACUGCGCCUCUCAACUGCAAAAUCCGCACUACUAAUCUACUUCACCCUCCUUGGCCUCUCUCCUAUCCUCAAAUCCCUGACCAGAUCAACGUCCUCGGAUUCAAUUUGGACAAUGUCCCUCCUACUCUUCGCAAUCAACAUCUUCUUCUUUGACUACGGGUCCCCGCCGAGCCGGUCCUCUGUUGGCGGAGGGAGUAAGAAUAUACCUGCGAGCUUGAGCACGAAUGCUGCGCUGAUGGCGAGUACCGUGCUUGCUAGCCGGUUGCCAUCAACGGGGCAAGUCUUCUCCCUCACUCUAUUUUCAAUCGAAGUCUUCGGCCUGUUCCCCGUUUUCCGUCGCUAUGCCCGGCAACGUUCAUGGCGCGGUCACGUCACCCUGACAUCCUUCUUAGUCGCCGGAGCGGGAGGGGGUGUAGGGCUGAUAUUAGGGCACGGAGGAGAUGGGAACGGGUACUUCGACUGGCCGUGGAAAUCCGGCCUCCUGGGUGGGAUUAUCGGUGUUUUGGUUACUGGGCUCGUGAUGGGAGGGUGCAGUUGGUGGUUGAUUGGGCUGCAGAAGUAUAAGAAUGAGAUUCAUGGCCCAUGGGAUCCCGCACGGCCGGUUAUUAGGAGAGACGAUUACUGAUUAUUGGGGUAAUCUCAUCGAAUCUAAACCUCCCUUCCUUCUAACGUGGUUAGUCACCAUCGCCGCUUUGCUCAAGCGCUACUCACCUUCGCCUUAACCUCUACUCAGGUUACUCAGUCACGUUCCUGCUCUCCC